AGCAGGGUUUGCUCUGGCUGUGCUGCAGUGCCGUGUUUCCCAAGCAGGACGCGGACACAGAAGGACACCAAGGACCUUCUUGGGCUGCCCAGGAGCCAGCCCAGUGAGCAGCCGGUGUUUCCUGGGCACUGUGCACCCCGUGCUGGGCUCCUGCCAGCUGGAGAGCCCGGGCAGUGCCCGCAGCCAGCGGGAUGAUGGGCUGGAUCGACCGGGUGGUGCCCCAGCCCCCGGUGCCCCGCGUGGCAGAGGAGAGCCCUGUGCAGCCAGCCAAGGCACCGACAGGAAAGGCUGCUGGCCCCACAGACGCUGCUGAGCGGGCACGCACGGAGGAAACAGAAAAGAAAGUGACCUUUGUGGCUUCUGAGGACUCGAGUUCUGUGUUUGACAGUGUGGGGAGCAGUGUGCUCUCCUGGCUCUCCCAUGGGCUGGAGAAGGUGAUUCCCCAGCCAGCCCCAGCCCCAGGGCUGCAGGCACUCGGGAAGAGCUUCGAGACAAGCAUCGACGUUGCUGAUGAGACAGAGGUCCAGGUCAUUGGGGAUGAGGACGACGAUGGUCUGGAGAUAACUCCCUUCGAUGCCGAGGAGGACGCGUCCGAGGGGGAGCUGGAGAGCGCCCCGGAGCAGUGGGCAGGACAGCGGGUGCUCAGCUGGCUCUCACAGGGCUUCGAGAGGAUUCUGCCGCAGCCAGAGGGGAUGAAAAAGCCAGAGACAGAGCCGAAGGAGAAGAGUGAAGACGCGGUGGAAGGCACAGAAGGGACAAAAACCCAGGCGAAGUCGAAACCCAGCGCUGCAGGCGUUCCGAGUGCCCCGGCGGCAGCGAAGGCAGCGGCGGCCCAGGCCCGGCCGGAGCCAGGGGCUGCCCUGAGCCCUCAGCCCGUGGGUAUGGAUGGCACCAGGAUGUUCAGCUGGUUUGUCCAGGGGCUGGAGAAGGUGAUGCCACAGCCGGUGACCAGGGAGAAGCAGGACACACAGGGAGUGGCCACCACAACCUCGAGUCCUGUGGAACAAAUUCAUGCAGCCCCUGGGGAGCAGGAGGAAACCCAUCUCGUGCUGGAAGAGAUGGAGGAUGGGCAGAUGAAUGAAGAGAUGACAGCCUGGGCUCACCAGUCUGAGCUGCAGGCAGAUGCUCAUUCCCUUCCCACCAUACAGGAGGAGCCUCAGGAAGAGGAAUCCAGGAGCGUCUCCCGUGACUCGGGCUCCGUCUCCAUCGCGGCCGCCCGUGGCAACCGCAGCCCCUCCUGCGCCUUUGGAGAGCUGAAUGUAAAGACAGGAUUAUGUGUUGAUGCUGCUUCAUACAAGCCCCUGCUGCAGCCUCCUUGUGCCCCUGCUGAUGAGGGUGUGGAUCAAACCUGCCUUGCCCAGGAGGCCCCCAGGGCUGAGCAGCUGGAGGAAGCUGAGAUAAGCAAUCUGCAAGGUGCCCCUGUGCAGGUGGAAGAGGAGCCAGCUGAAGCUGCUGAAACUGAUGCUGAAGGUACAAGGGGUAGCAGGAGGGUGCCAGACUGGGGUGGAGUGAGCUGCAGAUGCCUUGUCCCUUGCUUGAAGCUCCCAGCAGCUGCUAGCAGCAUGGCCAGGCGGGCCCAGGACAUCGAGCUCUUCCAGCUGGUGCAUGACAAGCCCUGGGCUGGCAGGGCCCCCUCUCCUGCUGGCCACGGGGCUCUAGAGCAGCUGCCCAAUGUCCCCAAUGUCCCCAGCUGCCGAGCCCCUGCUGCCACCCCUGUCCUUGUCGCCAGCAAGCCAAAGGCUGGACUUGUCAACCCCAAUUUUUGCACUGAGGAGCAACCCCCACUAGGUCACCCCCCCACCGUGGAGAUCAAGGAUGUGGACAGCCCAGAGCGUGCUGUGGAGAUCCACGGCACCUAUGGAGAGCUGCCUGCGGCCGGCGCCCCCAACCUGCUGGCCGUGCCCGGCGCUGCAUCCCCCAGGAGAAGGCGACUGCUCCCAGAGGAUGCUCUGGACAGGGGGCUGGUGAGUCAAUCCCCCAGCCAAGGGCUGGGCUGGGACCAGGAGCAGAGGGAAAGCCUGCCCGAGCGCAUCGGCUCGGCCUCGAGCCUGAGCAGUGCCACCAUCAACACCCGGCUGCAGGAGCUGGUGAGGCUCUUCAAAGAGAGGACUGAGAAGGUGAAGGAGAAGCUCAUUGACUCUGAUGUCACCUCAGAUGAUGAGAGCCCCGUGGCAUCUCCCAGCAAGCCAGCACCUGCAGCAGCAGCAGCGCCUGCCCCAGGAGGGGAGCUGGAGGGGGACAAACCUCUGGGGGAUGAUCACUACUGUGAGAUGCUGUGCUGCACCUUCAAGCGCCGGCCCUGGCUGCAGCACCUCAAGAGUUACCAGUUCCCCAGCAGCAUUGACCCCCUGACCAAUCUGAUGUACGUGCUGUGGCUGUUCUUUGUGGUCAUGGCCUGGAACUGGAACUGCUGGCUGAUCCCCGUCCGCUGGGCCUUCCCCUACCAGACCCCAGCCAACAUCCACUACUGGCUGCUGGUGGAUUACCUGUGUGACCUCAUUUACCUGCUGGACAUCCUCAUCUUCCAGACCCGGCUGCAGUUCGUGCAGGGGGGAGACAUCAUUACUGACAAAAAGGCCAUGAAAGAGAACUACCUGCAGUCACAGCGCUUCAAGAUGGAUGUGCUGUGCCUGCUGCCCCUGGAUUUCUUCUACUUCAAAGUGGGUGUGAAUCCCCUGCUGCGCUUCCCCCGCUGCCUGAAGUACAUGGCCUUCUUCGAGUUCAACAACCGCCUGGAGGCCAUCCUGACCAAGGCUUACAUCUACAGGGUGAUUCGCACCACUGCCUACCUGCUGUACAGCCUGCAUGUGAACUCCUGCCUCUACUACUGGGCAUCAGCCUAUGAAGGACUGGGCUCCACCACCUGGGUCUAUGAUGGGGAAGGAAACAGCUACAUCCGCUGUUACUACUGGGCAGUGAAAACUCUGAUCACCAUCGGGGGCCUGCCAGACCCCAAGACCCUCUUUGAGAUCGUCUUCCAGCUGCUGAACUACUUCACAGGGGUCUUUGCUUUCUCUGUCAUGAUAGGGCAGAUGAGAGACGUGGUUGGUGCUGCUACUGCAGGACAAACGUACUACCGGAGCUGCAUGGACAGCACCAUUAAAUACAUGAACUUCUACAGGAUCCCCAGGGCAGUGCAGAACAGGGUGAAGACGUGGUAUGAGUACACAUGGCACUCCCAAGGCAUGCUAGAUGAGUCAGAGCUGCUGGUGCAGCUGCCGGACAAGAUGAGGCUGGACAUCGCCAUCGACGUGAACUACAACAUCGUGAGCAAAGUGGCCCUUUUCCAGGGCUGUGACAGACAGAUGAUCUUUGACAUGCUGAAGCGGCUCAGAUCAGUGGUGUACCUGCCCAAUGACUUCGUGUGCAAGAAGGGGGAGAUAGGCCGGGAGAUGUACAUCAUCCAGGCGGGACAGGUGCAGGUGCUGGGGGGACCCGACGGCAAAUCCGUGCUGGUGACUCUGAAAGCUGGAUCUGUCUUUGGGGAAAUCAGCCUGCUGGCAGCAGGAGGGGGAAAUCGCCGCACAGCAAACGUCGUGGCCCACGGCUUCGCCAACCUUUUCAUUCUGGAGAAGAAAGACUUGAACGAGAUUUUGGUGCAUUACCCGGAGUCCCAGAAGCUGCUGCGCAAGAAAGCCAAGAAAAUGCUGAGGAGCAACAACAAACCCAAAGAUGAGAAGGGAGGCCCCGGAGAUGCGCUGGUCAUCCCCCCGAAAGCUGAGACCCCAAAGCUGUUCCGGGCUGCCCUGGCGGCCACGGGGAGGAUGGGGGGCAAGGGGCCCCUGGGGCGGCUCCGCUGGAGGCUGAAGGAGCUGCAGGAGCUGCAGGCGAUGCAGGCGAUGCAGGAGGCGCAGGGUUCCAGUGUCAGCCCAACCCCACCGAAGUCACCGGUGCACCAGAGAUCUCCUGUGGCAUCCCGCAGAGCACAGACCCGCCUGGGAGGAGAAAUAUCCUCAGAAUCUCCUGAUCACUCAGUCACCAUCCGUGUGAUCUCCACAGCAAGAGAGGAUGAGGAAAUCCUUGCUGCUGAGAUUUCAGAGAAAGAUGAAAAGGAAGAAGAGCAAUGAAAGAGCAGCAGGGCCCAGGGCAGGCGUAGGAGUCAGGCAAAUGCCUGGGCCAGCAGAUUCUUGUUGUUAAUGAUUUCCAUGCAGUGGCUGUAGGUUUUGCUAUGUGCUGUGGGUAGGAUCUGCCUCUCUCUUCUGCCCAGACCCUCAAUCACUGCUGAUAAAACCCUCUGCCAUUUGACCCAGAACCACGUAAGGUUUCUCCACUCUGCAGAUCUAUUGAGCACCUUUAUGAAUUCCCCACUAAAUCUCAGGUCAGCCCUCUUGCUUUGUGGAAGGAGAGCUAUGGAAAAAUUGCUUUUUAUGGCUCUGGAUGGUUAAUGAGUGUUCAGACAAAGCAUGAAGAGUUAUUCACCUCUGACAGCUGAGUCACCACUUGGCUAGAAACAACCCAGGGAAAAAAAACCACAACAAGGUUUCUCUGUUGGGCUCAAGGUUGACAGCAGCAGUGGGGAGUGAUUCAUCUGAAAAGGAUGUGGGCUAUGCUCACAGGCCAAGCUUGAUUUGCUCACAGCCCAAGCUGUCAUGAGAAUGCCAAGCUCACCCUCGUGGUGCCAAGACCACCUUGGCUUUGCCAUGGGAGGAAUCCUUGCUGGGAAGGUGGUGGGCUCUCCGUGACUGGGGGCUCUUAUGGGGAGAUUUGAUGAGCAUCCUUCAAGGAUGGAGAAGCACAGUCCUGGAUGAGAUAGAUGUUCCUGGAGGUUUUGUUUCCAGCCUUGGGAUUUUUCUGUGCUGCCACUGCUGGGAGGGAUAAACAGAGAGCAGGAAGGGAGAACUGAGCUGGUUCCCAGCUGGGAGGGGAAAGAGAAGUGCAGUGAGUGCUCUCCUGUCCCAGACAGUGUUUCAGAGUCAGCUCUGAGCCUGCCAUGUGCCAACAAGCAUUCAUGAGCAUGCAGGGGCUCCCCUGCAAUCCUUGCUGGACCUCAGUGCCAUCCUGUUACAGGAGCCCCCUCCAGCCAUGUCUCACAAGCUCUCAGAGGUCUAAAACACACCCAAGAUAGCUCAGCUACCUUUGGAGGCAUAAAAAUGAGCAGGAUGGCUUCCGCUGCAGUGUUGGAAACAAAAAGGUUUAAUAAAAUGCAAAAUAACAAACAGAGAAAAACCAAGCCAGGUGCCGGAGGUUCUUGCUCCUGGUAAAACAGCUCACAAAAGCGAUUGGUUUCUUUGUUCUCUUCUUUUUCUAGUCAAUUGCCCAGACAGGACUUUUUGGCUCCUGUCCAAUUAGCUAUCCUUAAGUUUGAGGUGACGUCCCCCAGGUCUAUGAGAUGUCUUUUCACCUAAUUGAAGACAGAAACUUCUGGGCUCCUUUCCUUUUUGAGGGGACGAAGGAGAGUUCUGUCACUCCAUCAACAGGGGACACAUUCCUGUAGCAUCCCCAUUUCCAGCAGGCAAUUUCCAGCCCUUCAGCCCCCUCAGACUGGCUCCUGGCCACAUUUGCCACAGAGAGAAGCCACUCUGGUGCUGCUCAUCACCGAAAUCGUGAAGCCACUGCCCCAGCUGUGCUGGAGGGGAAGGCAAACACCUGCUCAGCAUCACCCAGCUGAUGGCUCAAGGUGCCCCACCAGCUCCCUCCUCACCCUCCUCAAGCCAGCCCCCAGCAGAGUGAGCUGACAGGGCUGAGGAGCAGUGCAGGAGGCAGGGCUGGAUGAGGUUUGCAGAUCCUCCCCAAGUUUUGGCUGUCCAUUCCCACAGACAGGAGCCGCUUUCCAUCCUGUGCAGGAGCAGCUGGGGCAGGUUUGCUGCAGGGAGCAGCCCUGUCCCCGUGGCCAAGGCACUCCCAGGGGCUCAGCAGGUGCAGUGAGCAGAGCUGCAGGUUCCUCAGGUCUGGCUGUGACACAGGGAAGGGUGGCAGGGCUGCUGCCACCCCCUGGGUCAUCCCUCUUCCCAUCCAGGGCUGACCUUCACCUCCUCUGGGAUCUCCUUUUGUUGCUUUUCCCCCCUCCUCUCUUGCAAAAUGUACGGGUCUCUGUGGCAAAAAAUAAAGCCAGAAUAGGUGUCAGCCUUAGUUAAUAAUGCCUUGCUUUCUUUAUAAACAAAUUUAAUGAGCUCCACUGUACUGUGGGGGGGUCUGAAGGAUCACAUUGCAGGGGAGAGCCUGCACUCACCCAAACCUCCCUGAAGAUUUCUCAUCCUCAGUCAUUUGCCAGUGGUUUCCAUUUGCCAGGCAGAAGAUUUUGAUGGGGAGUGAAAAGUUGCAGGAUUUUUCCACUCUUUAAAUAUUUAUGUAAUCAAACCAGGAAACGUGCAAAAAUCAAACUGGGGCUCUGAUUUACUUCUAUGAUUUAAUUUUCUUUAGAAAGAGCUUAUAAAUAAAUAGUGGGCUGUAAUUGCUCUCAUAAUUCACUGUGUCUACAAUAAACACCAUGUAGACUACCAUUUA